UGGCGUGGGGUGCAAACAAAGAGUAAAGUAAGUAUAUAGGAAUAAUAACAUUUAGAACACACUGUUGCAAAUUACGUGGAUUUCGAACGUGCCUUUUCUGACGUUUGAAUUUUGAUAAUUUUGACACUGACGUUGACGUUUUGAUUGAUAAUAAUAUUAAUAAUAUAACCUCAUCGCAUUGUAUAUUUCACUGUAUCUAUUUGUUUUAUUUGCUGUAUCUGACCGUUCGUAAUGUUUAGUCUACAUUGUUAAAUAAAAUAAGAGAUAAGAUAACGUUUAGUUCAGUACCUCGGUAACAAUGUCAGCGUACGGACCAGAGCAUCCUCGUAACCUUAUCCCAGAGCUGUGCAAUCAGUUCUAUCAUUUAGGAUGGGUGACGGGAACUGGCGGUGGCAUCUCCAUUAAAGAUGGGGAAAAGAUCUACAUAGCACCAUCAGGGGUACAAAAGGAACGGAUGAAGUCAGAUGACCUGUUUGUGCAGACAAUCAAUGAUGAAGAUCUGGAACUCCCCCCUCCAGAGAAACAGUUGAAGAAGAGUCAGUGCACGCCUCUAUUCAUGCUGGCGUAUAAGGAGCGCGGCGCAGGCGCCGUCAUUCACACGCACUCGCCACAUGCCGUUCGCUGCACGCUACUCUAUGACAAGGAGUUCACCAUCACCCACCAGGAGAUGAUUAAGGGAAUAAAAGACGCCAAACUAGGUCGGUUUUUGCGCUACGAUGAAAAGCUAAUCGUCCCCAUCAUUGAGAACACACCUUUCGAGCGAGACCUGGCCGGCAGUCUCGGCGAGGCUCUGAGGCAGUACCCUGGUACCAGUGCUGUGCUGGUUCGGAGACAUGGCGUCUAUGUGUGGGGGGAUACUUGGCAGCAAGCAAAGACUAUGACAGAGUGCUACGACUACUUGUUCGAGAUGGCGGUGGAGAUGAAGAAACUCGGCCUGGAUCCUGCGUUCAACCCUGAAGCCCAGAACAAACCUGCUAACUAAGGAAACUAUUGAUUGGUUACUAGUAUGUGCGAAAUGUUCGUUGGUGAAAGAACUGUGUAACAGCAUCCGGCUAUAGUAUUUUUCAAACAGGAAGAGUACGCUAACAGACUUCAUGUAUGUAUGUAUGUAUGUCACUUUAUUUCACAUAAACAGGUUAACAUAAAACAGACAGCUUAUCACAUCAUCUUCAUCUUAUUACAAUUUUGCGAGAUUUGGCGUUUUAAAGUUAUAAAUUGUAUGGACAUGACUCAUCGUGUUUGAAAAAUAGUGUAUCAUUCAUAUCAAUCCAAAGGUCUAAAGGUCAGGUCAGACGAAUG